CAAAAAUGAGACUAGAUCAUCACUUUCCCUAAAAAAACAUACCAAGUCUUCUUCCUUCCAUUCCCACUAGAUUUCAUGUAACAAACGAUGAAAACAAAAUCGAAAUCCUAGAAUUUCAUUUCUCAUCAUUCAAUCUAUAAAAAAAUCGUAUCAAUAUUCAUAAACAGAAACAUAUCUAUUACAAUUGUAUUCAACAAUGGCCCCAUUUUCAGUCCUAACUAAAUCAACUACCUUUAUCAAAACCCUAAACCCUAAUUCGUUUAGGACUAUCUCUACAUUCAAGUACCUCUGUCAAGAACCACAAAUAGCUGAACCAUUGGUUCCUUCUUCUUCUUCUUCUCCAACUCCACUGCCACCAAAUCCAUCUUCAGGUAGUCCACUGUACCAACAAGACAAUUGGAGAACUGCUAAUUCUAAACCAAACCCAGGUUUAUUUGGUCCUUCGUUGCCAGCAUUGGGUACACUUCAAGGAGGUCCAUCAGCUAAAUUACAAGCAUAUUCACAAACCCUAGAUGAUACACAACUUCUGAAUGUAUUUGCUGAAUGGAUAACAUCACAUAGAUGGGAUGAUUUGAUUCAGUUGUUUGAGUUUUGGGUUCAGUGUUUGGAUUCAGAUGGGAAAUUUAAUAAGCCUGAUGUUAAUUUGUAUAAUCAUUAUUUGAGGGCUAACCUUAUGGCUAAUGCUUCACCUGGAGAUCUUUUGGAUCUUGUUGCAAAGAUGGAUGAUUAUAAGGUUCUGCCCAACACUGCAUCUUUUAAUUUCGUUUUGAAAGCAAUGCAUGAAGCUAGAGAAGCUAAAGCUGCUGAGAAAUUGCUGCAACGAAUGCUGCAGACAGGAAAAGAAUCUAUGCCUGACGAUGAAACAUACAAAUUGGUUACUGAGAUGCUAUUUUUGGUUAAUCAAACUGAUGAUGCCUUAAAGUAUAUAGACAUUACUUUGAGCUCCGGUAACAUGGUUUCACCGAAAGUUUUCACUGAAUGCGUGAAGAGUUGUGUUAGAUUGGGAAGAUUGGAUACCUUGGCAUCCAUCAUUGAGAGGUGCAAGAAAAUGGAUCAAAACAAAGCUUUAUGUCCUCAGUGGAACAUGUGUAACCUCAUUGUUGAUGCUGCAUUGCAAGAGGAUAAUAGCAAACUAGCUUUCUACGGAUUGGAGUUUUUAGCCCGGUGGAUUACUCGCGGCGAAGCUGCAAGACCUCCCGUUUAUCUCUCUGUUGAUGAAGGAUUGGUAAUGCCGGCACUUGGAACCGCUAGUAGAACCUUCGAUAAGACAUUGAUUGAUGCAUCAUGGGCUGUCCUACGGCGUUCAUUACGAAACAAUAGGGCUCCUAGUGCUGAAUCUUACCUUGGUAAAAUCUCUGCAUAUUCAUCAUUGGGAAACUUACAAAGGGCUUUUGCUACCCUACAUGAGUUCGAAUCUGUAUAUGGUGGAGAUUCUAAUACAGAAGCAGCUGAGAAUUUAUUCUCUCCGUUUACUUCUUUAUCCCCACUUGUUAUGGCGUGCUCAAAGGGUGGCUUUGAGACGUUGGACUCGGUAUAUUUUCAAUUGGAGAAUUUGAGCCGUGCUGAACGACCUUACAAAUCUGUUGCUGCUCUCAACUGUGUCAUAUUAGGUUGUGCAAACAUAUGGGACCUUGACCGCGCCUAUCAGACAUUCGAGUCCAUUAGUGGUUCUUUUGGAUUGACUCCUGAUAUCCACUCAUAUAACGCUCUCAUGUGUGCAUUUGGGAAGCUCAAAAAGACACCCGAAGCUUCAAGUGUAUUUGAGCACUUAACAGGUUUGGGUAUGAAACCCAAUGCAACGUCUUAUACAAUGCUUGUAAAUGCUCAUCUCAUCAACCGCGAUCCAAAGGCUGCUGUCUCAGUAGUCGAUGAAAUGGUUAAUGCUGGACAUGUACCCUCCAAACAGUUACUAAAAGAUAUUAGGAGGCGAUGUGUUCGAGAGUUUGACAAUGAGAGCAAUGACCAGGUGGAGGCCUUCGCGAGAAAGUUUGGGAUAAGAAUGGGUCCUGAGAGUCGCCAAAACAUGCUGUUUAAUCUAUCAUAUAGCAGUAUGAAGGGGCAAACUGAGGUUCUAGCCCGUCCCUCUUAACUUAAUUCAUUUUUAGUAGAGCAGAUUUGUACUAAAUAAGAUUUUAGCCCUAUUUUAUUUGUUGUUAGCCCAUGUAAUAAGCAACAAUACUUUAUUUUCAGCUCAUUUAUUUUCAAUUCAACUGUCAUAUUUCAGCUCAUUCACAGGAAACAUGUAGAAGCCUUAUUUCUUCCCCAAGUCACUAAUAAUUUUUUUUUUU